GUUCCCUUGGAUUUGGAAUGAAUUCAAGAAACUCGGUUACGUCACUCAGUGGGGAGAAGAUUUGUCAGGAGUCGGUACAUUCCAAUAUAGGAUGCUAGGAUUUAAUGAAACACCAACCGAUCACAACUUACGGCCAUUUUUCCUAGAAGGAGAAAAUAAUUACGAAAAAUCAAAUUGCUUUGGUGCUAUCCCUUCUCAUGUGCAAAUAAUAAAUUGGGGAAAAGACAUGUUUCUAAUGUAUAAAGAUAAACCAAAGUUUUCAUUUUUAUUCCAUUCCAAGUACAGCCAUGGGUACACGUCAAAAUUACAAGUAGCAGACGAUGACUUGUUGGAAUUCUUGCAAUGGUUAGAAAAAGGCAGGUUUUUAGAUGAUACCAUCUUGAUUUUGAUGGCAGAUCAUGGCGCACGAUUUACUUCUGUAAGAGACACAGUUCAGGGAAAGCUAGAAGAACGCAUGCCAUUUUUCUCGUUCCGUUUCCCAAAGAAAUUCAUUGAAAAGUACCCAAAAGCCUACGCCAAUGUGAAGAAAAACUCCAAAGUCCUCACAACCCCCUUUGAUAUUCACGAGACAUUUAUAGAUAUGAUAAAUCACACUGGCACUGGAGUUGCAGAUAUACGACGGAGAGGCGUUAGUCUCUUUAAAGAAAUUCCUAAAAGUAGAACCUGUGCGCAUGCCCAAAUUGAAGCUCAUUGGUGCACGUGCUUGAAUUGGGAAAAGGUAGAUGAAAAUGUGAAAAAAGUAGAUGAAAAUGUGAAAAAAGCCAUUGGCUCUGUAAUAAGAAAAUUAAAUUCCAUUAUAGAGCCACAAAGCCACCUCUGUCAUGAACUUGAGUUGGGAAAUGUAUCUCAAAUUGUUCGUUAUAGCGGGCCAAGUGAAACGCUCUUGAAAUUCAAGCAGAGCGCUGAUAAUGACGGACGGCUGCCAGACUUAUCGGAUAAUAUUGCGAUGUCCGAGAUAUUGUACCAAAUUAAUUUAUCUACCAAGCCAGGGAACGGGCAUUUCGAAGCAACUGUUCAUCACGCAGUUCAGAGUGGCANUCGACUUGUCUUUGUAGGCUUUGUACUCUCUGCUCGCUAA